AUGUCUCAUCCGAACGCCUCAACAGUCGCAGGGGCCACCUCCACGAGCGGCGGACCUAUCACAGCAUGGCUUCGCAAAUACCGCCCACGGCAUGACCUGAGCCUCAAUGAGGCGGUCGACGAGAAUGACCGGUCUGGAGCACGCAUCCAGCCUCUUGGCCACGGGCUCGCAGCGUCGACCAAGCAGCGCCGAGGCGGUGAGCAUUCAAUUGGACGGCCCGAAGCGAGGAUGACGGUUGAGACUCAUCCUCAGUCACCCGCAUCCUGCUUGUCCACCGUGCUGCGUGGUUUGGCGGACCACGGCCUGCGGACUGCCACGCGCUCACUCAUCACCACCACACGGCGGGCAGGGAUACAGAACGAUGCGAGAUGCGGGGCGACCUUCCGCUGCGGCGGUUAUUCGCCUGCUGAUCCACGCCUGCUCGACGAAUGCUUUUGCUCCACGGCGGCGCCCACGUUGAUGACAAGACGGUCGCAGCACGACCGAGACACCGCUUUCGGUUGGGCAGCAAAUGGUCUGAGGAUCUAUCGCGACCCAAGCAGCCCUUUCUGA